GUUGGCACGAAGCAGCGGCUGUUGCAUAUUCAUCGUCCGAGACACCGGCUAGAGGGCCUCAAAAAGUCUGACUUUUUUGUUCUCAGAACAAGGAAAACAAUCCCUUCCCUUCUCCAGUCCCCUGAUAAGAGUUUCUGUCCAAUAACGGUGCUCUCUGCUCUGAGGCACAUUUAACUGAGAAGUUUGCAGCGGGAGAGGCUUUCCUUCAAGCUGUUAGCGUUUUAUCCUGGCAGGCUCCUCGAGAUUGUUGUGAGGAGUCUAGCCAGUUGGUGAGCUUUGUAAUCUAAACCAGCUGUCCCAGGCUGAGGCCCCCAUUUGCAUUGUUUAACAUACUUAGAAAAUGAAGUGUUCAUUUUUAACAUUCCUCCUCCAAUUGGUUUAAUGCUGAAUUACAGAAGAGAACUAAGCAAAACCAGGUGCUUUUUCUGUAUUCUCUCCAGUGUCUGAGGAGGUACAGACUGCUCCCGAUCUUCUCCGUGACUUGCUCUUUCAUUCUUUGGACUAUAAAUGACUGAGGAACUGAAGUACUAGCAGAGGGUAAUGUUUGGAAACACUUUCUAGUUAUUCAUCAGCACAAGCUCUGUUUUUUUCCACCUUUCCCCAACGGUUUUGGACAUGCAAGGAUUAAAAAGGAUACUGACUGCUUUCACACUGAUCAUCUGCAUUUCGAGUCCUGGAAAAGCACAGCAACAAUGCACCAAUGGGUUUGACUUGGACCGUGCCUCUGGGCAAUGCUUAGAUAUUGAUGAAUGUCGGACUAUUCCUGAGGCCUGUAGAGGAGACAUGGUGUGUGUCAACCAGAAUGGUGGCUAUUUAUGUGUACCACGGACAAACCCAGUGUAUCGAUCACCAUAUCUGAAUCCUUAUUCAAAUAUUUAUCCACCACCCCCAGCGCCAGGCCCUGUUCCUAAUUACCCUACUGUUACAAGACCUCUGAUUUGUCGAUUUGGUUACCAGUUGGAUGAAAACAAUCAGUGUGCUGAUAUUGAUGAAUGUGCUUCCGAUUCUCACCAGUGUAAUCCCACCCAGAUCUGCAUCAAUACUGAGGGGGGAUAUACCUGUUCCUGCACUGAAGGCUACUGGCUGCUAGAAGGCCAGUGUUUAGAUAUAGAUGAGUGCCGUUAUGGUUACUGCCAGCAGCUGUGUGCCAACGUGCCUGGUUCCUACUCCUGUACAUGCAACCCAGGCUUUACACUUAACGAUGAUGGAAGAUCGUGCCAAGAUGUGAAUGAAUGUACGGGAGAAAAUCCUUGUUCUCAGACUUGUGUCAAUACCUAUGGCUCUUUUCUCUGCCGCUGUGAACCUGGCUAUGAACUGGAAGCUGACGGAGUUAACUGCAGUGACAUGGAUGAAUGCAGCUUCUCAGAGUUCCUCUGCCAGCACGAAUGUGUGAAUGGGCCUGGUUCUUACUACUGUGUCUGUCCUUCGGGCUAUAACCUGCUUGAUGAUAGCAGAAGCUGCCAAGAUAUCAAUGAAUGUGAAAUUAGGAACUUCACCUGCACUCUACAGCAAACGUGUUUCAAUAUCCCAGGAGAAUAUAAAUGUUUAGAUCCAGUAAGAUGCGAGGAACCUUAUAUCCAGAUUAAUGAGAACCGCUGUAUGUGUCCAGCUGAAAACCCUGGCUGCAGAGAUCAACCAUUCACCAUCCUGUACAGAGUCAUGGAUGUUCUGUCUGGGCGCUCAGUGCCUUCUGACAUCUUUCAGAUGCAAGCAACAACUCGCUACCCUGGAGCCUAUUACAUCUUCCAAAUCAAAUCAGGGAAUGAGGGCAGGGAAUUCUACAUGCGGCAAACAGGACCGAUCAGUGCUACGCUGGUGAUGACCCGUCCUGUGAAAGGGCCCCGCACUGUUCAGUUGGACUUGGAAAUGAUCACUGUCAACACCGUCAUCAACUUCAGAGGAAGCUCCGUCAUCCGGCUGAGGAUAUUUGUAUCACAGUACUCAUUCUAAACCUUGCGUUGGUGCCCUGUAAACAUUAAAACCAAAGACACGGUUCCUCUUCUGCAGAACUCUCUCCUCAGAAGCCAUUACGUAUAGCAGCUCAAAACCAAGUCAGUAUUUCCACAGACCCGGUGACCUAUGCCUGUCUGAGGAGGGAGGCCUCUUCAUGCACACCCCUACCAGGAUGCAGACCUCUGAAGGUGUAUCGGCAGCAGAUCCCGUAUGAUUCUCUUGUGGUCAUAUAUUUUAAGGACUCUUUUUUUCCACUGUAAACAUUUCUAGGGUAUGAGUCUACGUUUCAAAGACUGUGAACCUUUGUAGCUCCAAGGCUGCUUAGCAAAAAGCACCAAAGAAACUGCAGAAAAAGCUGGCUUUUGCAAUCUUGCAUAUUUUUUUUCAUUAUAAAUGGAAAGCUGACAAACAAGUGAAAAAAAAAAAGCCACCUAUUGAAACAAGGGAUCUCAGAAGUGCUAUUUUACAUUUACAAUUAACUUUGAAAUUAUCAGUCAAGCACUUUGUUUCAAUUCACUCUGCAUUUGUCUUACUUUCACCUGCUUUUCUUUGAUUCUAUUUUGUACUUAAAAUUCAUUGUAAAUUCAUUCCAAAACACUUGUUGUACUAUGUAAUCUACUUUCUAACAACAUGUCACAUCUUUGGGUUCCUUCCUGUAUUAAAUCGUUCUGUAUAAGAGAGCUCAUAGAAAUCCAUCACUGGAUGGCAUGUUUUAUACUGAUUAGAGCAUUAUGCUUAGUUACAGCCAGGCUCUUUGACACAGGUCUCCACUGCCAGAAUUGUGUCCAGGGACUUAAGAGCAGGUGAGAAUCAGAACUUUUCACUGUUUUUCAGUGUAAUAGUUGCAAACAGUUUGUAAUGGUUGUAAGGUAGCAAUACUAACUUUGCAGCUAAGGCUGCAACUAACCUCUUGUUCAACAACCACUCAGUUCAGAUAUGUCCAAAUUCCUUCAGGAAAAGAAAUAAUAACUAUUCUGUUUGCACAGAAUCUUCUCUCCUACAUUCCUAAAAUUAGGGAAAACAAGCCGAAAAGGAGUUGGAAUAGUUAUGUCAUUCAUGCCUCUGACACAAAGCAGUCCCACCUAUGCCAGUACCCAGACCUCAAAUGUCAGGAUCCCACAGUUUCCAUAGGUAAUGUCUUCUCAGGUAUAACUGCUGUAAUCAAUAGAAAGUUUUUCCUAAAGUCUAAUCUGAGUCUCCCCUGUUGUAAUGUAAGUCUAUUGCUUUUUAGCAUACUUCCAGUAGAAAUAGAGAACAGUUUAUCUUCCCCUUUGCAACAGUCUUUAACAUGUCUGCAGACUGUUGUCACGUCUCCCCUCAGACUGUUCCUCUCUAGUCUAAACAAACCCAAUUCUUUUGGUCUUUCCUCAUACAUCACAUUUUCUGGACCUUUGAUCAUUCCUGUUGCUCUCAUCUGGAUUCUCUCCAGUUGGUUCACAUCUUUCUCAAAGUGCAUUGCCCAAAACUGUGAAAAGUAUUCCAGCUGAGGCCUCACAGUGCUAGACUAAAUAUACAUAUAUAUAUUUAGGUGUUUGAAAAUAAAAUUAAUUGUAUAGUUUGGAGGUAUUAUCCUCAUGUUGUUAAAGACACUGGCAGUUCGGUGUUUUAUUUACUAAGGAUAAGGCUUCAUAUGCUUUGUUCUACAUUUCUCUGAAGCAAGUACUUGCUAUUUCCCCUUUUUGCCUUAUUGCCUUAUUUGCUCUUGAGCAUUGCUAGCACAAAACAUAACCUUUGCUGAGUCUUUUUGAGGAUUGGAAUUGUUUAAUGCUACUUGGGAAAGGAGUUUAUGAGGAUUAUAGGACGAAUAGACUGGAGCAGAGUAGAAGGUCUUCAUUCUUAUAUGGAGGGCUUCAUUAAAGUCAAGUAUUAAAUGAGAGAACACAGACUCAGAAAAGUUAUCACAGCUCAGGCUGCAUCACACUUUUGCGUCAGCUGAUUCUUGCUCUCAAUAAGCUCUACAAGUUAGUCUGGGGUUGUUUUUUCUCUAGGUGUAGAAGUGACUGCUCUUUUUACUGGUACUUUGUUUGAGAAAGUCCUGAUGCAGUGGCCUACAACAGCUAAAUGCUGAGUUGAGGGUGCUUUAGCAGCUUCCACUUCUUAAUAAAGUUUUCUCGUUGAUGCUGCAACACACUAGGUUCCCAUGGCUCAGAGCUCUGCAUGCAGGCUGUCUUUUACUAUAAAAACAGACCAGCUUGAGAUUGACUCCAGGCUUUAGGGGGCUAAGCAGAGGGCAGGAAGCCAAUGAGUUUUGUGAGUAGCCAACUGAAGGGUACAAAUAUAGAGGAAACCCGCAGGGACACAGAAAUAUCAGGAACAUGCUUUCUGAGUGUAGUGAGGCUCACCGGAUGCCAGCUUUGAAGGGGAAAAUAGAAAUGAUCAAGGAGGAAUGCUAGUUUAUAACCAUCGCUUAGUUUAUAACUCAUGGGUCCCAGGUUAUGGAAGGCAGACAUAGGAAAGGAAGCUCUGGUAGCCCAAGACACAGAUAUGGGGCAGGCAGUAUCUUAAAUGAAACUCAGUGUGUUGAGUUUUUCCAGAACAUAAAAGUCCUUCUUCGCCCUCUUAGUGCCUCCAUGUUAUCACUUCUUCAUGCCCAGUGGAGUCCUUUCUCCUCCUGCUGUCAAAUCACCUCCUGGAGAGGAAGUACACUCUGUUAGAUAUCAGACAGUUCCUCACUUUUGGGCUGUUCUCCCAUGGUCUCCGCAUACCAACCUGAUUUAACCCUAAUUAAGAAAUAUUAAAAAAAUAACAGAGGAAUUCCAUUACUAACCAGUUUGUUAAAAGGGUAAGGCUCGAACGCCUGGUUUUAGCAACAAAUAUUCAUAAAACAAUAUUACACUUUCUAUGUAAACAUUUUGUGCCUUAAAAAAAAAGCGUAAAGUCUGGAAACAAAGGAAUUCAGCCACUUCUCAAUCGCCAUAACAUCUUUCAUCACUCACUAUCACUCCAGCCAACUUUAACUUUGCCAAAAUAUAUGCCAAUCUCAAAAUAAUAACUUACUCGCAGUUUGUAACAUCUAAACUCUCCAUUUCCUAUUCAAAGGUCUGUUUCCAAUAGAUUGUUACAGGCUUGUGUAUUACAGCAAUUCAUGCCAAAUAAAAAAAAAUUAAAAAAAAAAAAAAA